AUGACUCCGCGACUCGCUUGUUACUCGUCGCUACCAUUUGGCUGGCGAUCUGCCUUGCAAAUUCGAGUUACUGUUUCCAGAUUUAGUACUGCCUCCGAAGAUGCCGUGAUCAAACCUCAACAGAUCCCCGCACCGGGCUCGGGACAUAUCAGGGUGCUUCAGCUGAAUAGACCCAAGGCCAGAAAUGCCCUCUCAAGACAAUUGGUAGACAGCCUGUCCGAACACAUCCGCUCAAUAUCAUCCGAACAAGGAAAUGGCCCAACCAGAGCCUUGGUGCUUGCUAGUAAUGUCGACUCGGCAUUCUGUGCGGGAGCAGACCUGAAGGAGCGAGCGAACAUGACAAGUCAAGAAACCCAGGAAUUCUUAUCAAAACUCCGAGCCACGUUUCGUGAUCUAUCAGCAUUACAGAUUCCCACGAUAUCUGCUAUUGAUUCUACGGCGCUCGGGGGUGGUCUGGAACUCGCACUAUGCACACAUCUACGCGUCUUUGGGUCAUCCAGCAUUGUCGGCCUCCCUGAGACCAGGCUGGCCAUCAUCCCGGGAGCCGGCGGCACCUACCGCCUCCCCAGGUUGAUAGGAGUGAACCGCGCGAGAGACAUGAUCCUGACAGGCCGUCGCGUCUCAGGACCCGAGGCCUAUUUCAUUGGACUUUGUGAUCGCCUCGUCGAGGUGCUGCCAGAGGAGUUGGAAAAGGAGGGCGUUGCGAGAGCGAAGGUUCUGAAAGAAGCGAUCAAUCUUGCCCUGGAAAUUUCAGAGGGAGGUCCCAUUGCUAUCAAGCAGGCACUGAAGGCUGUAGAAGGGUUUGAGAGGGGCGAAGAGGCCGAGAAUGAGGCGUAUGAGGGUGUGUUGGGAACGGAUGACCGGGUCGAGGCUCUCAGGGCGUUCAUCGAGAGAAGAAAGCCGGCUUUCCGGGGGAAGUGA